AUGAAAAUAUUCCUCUUUCUUCUCUUAUCAACUUUCCAAGGUAUUUCAAAUCGUGUACAUAGAGAUCCACUUGCGGGAAAUCCACAUCUUGAAUUUUACGUAAAAUGUAAUGUCAAGCAAAAUUGGUUCGUUAGAGUAUAUUAUAUAGAUCCUGAAGAUAUCAAUAAUAGACAUCUUGAGAAAUUUAAUGUUAAAGAUAGCAAUUUAAUUCAUUUUAUUCGGCGUUUCGAUAUAAAAGUAGGUUUUUUUGUUUAAUGAAAUUUUUUCGGAAAAAAAGUUUUCAUUUUGAGCCACCGAACCUCGAAAUUAUUCACAGUUGCAGUUCAGAUGCAGAGAAACCUGUUUUAAAAGUCGAGAGUUUUGAGUACACUAGAAAUAUCACUUUGGACAACAAAGGUUUGAUUGAACCUAAAUCCAAUCUUAAUUUGGAACUUGUACGUUUCUCAUUCCUUUUGACAUGCAGUUUGAAGUUCAAUUGGAAUUUGACGAUUUUAUAUUUUUACAAUGAUGAUAGUAUUUCGACAAGUUAUAAUGAAACAAGGAAAAUCAAAAUGAGCAAUUCGGCUGUUUUUGUUCAAAACAUCGAAAAAGUUUGGUUUGCAAUAUAACACUAAAAUAAGUAAUAAUGCAAUUUCAGCCAUCUCAAAUUCAAUAUAUUCAUGAUUGCACAUCAAUUCCGGACCAAAUUAAAUUAUUUGAUGGAGGAAACAAGCCAGCACAAUUUUUUGAAUUGGCCGAUAAAGGCUCAUAUCAAUCAAAUAUUCAAGUUUCUUCUGACGAAUUGAGAUUAUUUUUGUAUUGUGGUGCCAAACUUGAUUGGGGUGUUGAGAUUAUAUAUUCAACAUCUGACGAUAUUUCGAACAAUUAUCACGAUGAAAUUGACGUUGUUGACAAUCAUUCAUACUUGCUUACACGAAAAUUUGAGAAGAAGGUGAGUUAUUAAAAUUGAUUUUGGUUUUCAAAUAGACUUUCAGCCAACUCAUGUGGGAUUUCUGCAUAAUUGCAGUUCAGAUCCAAUAAAAAUAUAUCGACGCAUCGUAAAAGCUGAAUAUUCAGAGUUUAUUGAUUUGACAAAUAGGGGAAAGGCUUUCAAAAACUAA